GCUUCCAGAUCCUGGGGACGGUGAGCUUGAGGACAGAGAGUCCGAGUCAGAGGCCGAGGAAGCUCCCACGUCUGCAGGCUGCAGUGGCAGGUGCCUGGUGCGGGCACCUGCAGCUGCUAACCAGGGUGCGGUGACUCCUGUUCCUGCGAUGCCCGCCUUGGCUGGCAGGUUGGCGGUUUUGCCUGCAGGGCAAGCGCAAUGGGUUUUUCAAGCUGCUGCGCCAAGCGUCAUCUUCGAAGCCGUUGCAGAUCGCCAGGGCCUUUACACUUGCUUUGCAGACGGACAGGCGGCGGCGCCUGAAGUAGGCACUGCGAGGCGUUACCUAGGGCGUCCUUUCUGGAUGGUUCGCUUGCCACCAACUGUCAUGAAGCAUUUGAUGGAGAUAGGCAAGGAGUUCGUGGUUCCUGGUGGGCUUGCGACUUCUUUGGGGCACCAGUUGCCCGGAACCGUUCCUGCUGCGGCAGAAGGAAGCCCCAGUGAUGGUGCCGACAGUGGUUCCUCUUCCUCCUGCGAGAUGAAGAAAGUGCGCAGGCCGGCCAUGCAAGAAAUCCUGUUGGGAAAGCUCGCUUACAAGCUCAGCUCAACGGUAGGCAUUCAAGAUGUGGUUCGCACCGUCCUUCGAAUGUUAGUGCCAGAUAGUUUAGGUGGUGGGGCAGACAAGUCGCUGCGAAUUGUCAGGUACAUCAGUCCUGACAGUUCCCCGCAAGCGAAUUAUGAUUAUUUUUGUGCGACAGAAGAGUUGCUGCUCUAUCGUUCCGACGAGCUUCCAAGGGAUGCGGGUGGAAAUGUCCAGAGUAUUGUGGGCGCUCAAGCUUUGGCGAGCGAGGCAAUACAGGAGGAUUUUCGUGAAUUUCGGAUGGCGCACAUGGCGGACACGUGCAACAAAGUAUUUGUUGCCGUUAUCCAGCAAAAGCUUGCGUAUGCUCAGCAAGUACCAUGGGUGUUUGCCGCAGCGUUUGCGGGGUAUAUGGGCGAGACUUGGGGCCGAGUGAAAAAGGUUCUUCGGCCACAUCUUCAGAACGUUGACAACAUGAUCUCCAGUGGCCAAGUCGGCGCUCUAGACUCUGUUACACAUGCUUUGUUUGGACCAACCGACACAGGCCACAUGCUCCGAGAGUUUCUGAACUCGGAGGAUGACGUGCCCCUUGAUCGAUGGCCAGCGUUGUUUUGGAGAGUACAGGAAUAUGCCUUUGUUUCUUUGUCCGAGCGACACACGGAGAGAGAGCAUGUCGGUGUCAAGGUUGCAGCAAACAGUGGUCUCACAAAGGCUGGGCCUGCAGUUGUCUGCAGCCGCAAGCGCAGAGAUCAAGUGUUGGAGAUGCUGGAAGAUGAGAAACAGCUCGCUUUCUUGGUCAAAAAUUGGCGCAGCAGGCGCCUUUGGAGUAGCCUGCUGGAGCACAUGCUCACUCACGAAGAGGUUCGACUUAUGGAGACGCCAAAGAGGCUUUCCCGCUUGUACGGGUAUAGCGAGGAAGACCACUUCAAAGAUUGCGAGGACUCUGUUCGCGCUGAUGCCGUUUACCGCCAAACUUUGAGAGAUCAGACUUUGUUACUGGCCGGAAGCUUCAAGCUUCCGAGUGCUUCCUACCAGGUAGUGAACUGGCUGAAAGGCCAUUUGGCGACGGGCGUGUUUUUCAGUGUGUCCACGCAUGUCUUUGAGCUACUUGUCGACAGGGGUCGGAGAUGUGAAGACCCAGCCGCAUCCUUCAGAACCGACGUGCUGCUGUCUAUUCUGCGAGCCGACGUCCACCCUCGGGUAAGUGAUCGUGCUUCGGUUUUCUGCUCGGUGCUGGAUGCCAGGCCAGAAGCAAGAACGGAUGCUCGUGUUUCGCGACCUGCUGCACACAUCACAGACCCGAAGCUAGGCCGCCGCAGCUGUGUGGUUGUGCAGCGUUUCCACGACGUGGAUGUUUCCCAGGGCGUGCACGGCCUUGGGGGAGAUGUGCGGGUGGCGUGCACGAAUGUGCGGAUCGAGGUUCUCGACUUGGCACGGGUGUGCACAGCAGAGAACUUGAAAGCCUUUUGUGCAAACUGUUUGCUCUGGCGUGCUAUGCCUGCGGAACUGGCCUUGGCUCUGGGAGACGAGUCCACGCAGCCAGGUUUGCUGCAGGAGCCGCAAGUGCAGAAACUUCCAGAGAUUGUCUUAGACAGCGAUCCUGCCUGCUUGUUGAUUCGACCGCCUCCGGAUCCGCAUGUGGAAGAUGCCCUCGACAUCCUGCCCCCCCCUGCCCAUGUCGUGCAGAAUGCGGACGACUCUGCGGUGCUGCAGGUCUACGGUGCUCCGUGUAGCGACCGAGAAAUGCAAGCUAUCAAAGAGUUGCUGCGAGCAAGGGCCAUCGGCAUUGAAUCUGCUGUGUAUGCCACAGACCUUGAACACUUCGAUGCUGUUGCACUGGAAGGCUUGCGUGACCGAGGUCUUGUCAUCUGCGAGACUGAUAUGUUCUCAGAUGUAUCCGUCGCCUUGACGGGCAAGUUGACCUACAGUGCAAGCUUGGUGCUGGCACGGCCAUUGUUGCUUUGGGAGCUUGACCAAACGCCUUUGACUCGAGGCCAGAUGCCAGGCCGAUCAAAGUUGGAGUUAAUUCGUUUGUUGUUUGUCUUGGGCUGGGAGCCAGGGCUGGGCCGGGAAGCGUGGCAUCGCAAGCAGGGAGAGAAACGUCUUCCAGAUGACGUUCUAGUUUGCAGCCUCCCCUUCCUCAGCCCCCAGCAGUAUUAUGAGUUCUUGGUGGAUCAGGACGAUCUCAGCAGCUUGCGGGAUGCUUCUGCAGAGGAAAUCAAUGCUCGGUUCGCGCAGAAGAAAAAAAGACCUGCUGGCCGCAGCUUGACAAGAGAUGCGGCUACAGGUCUGGAGCUUGACCCAGAGGCUGAUGAUGCCGAGUUAGAAGAGCUUGUGCAAGAGCUGCCUGAAAAGCUCAUGCAAGCAGAAGAGCCGCAGCCAAGCAUGGCCAGCGGUGGUAGACGUGUCGCUCCUCUAGAAAUCGACUUGGGAGGCGGUAGGACACAGGUAGUGCAUUUUGACAAUUUCACACACUCCAGCGGUCAGCUCCGAGCAUUCGUUGCUUGCGAGACACACAGCGGCUGCCGCUUGUACACGUUUGUACGGCAUCAUGGCAGCCGCAGGCGGGCUGCUGCCUUUUUGCUUGCUUGGCAAAUGCGAGCAGCUCACCACCGCAGAGCUGAAGCUCACAUUGCGGACAAGCCAAGUGAAGAGCAGGUGGAUGCCAUGAUGCUCCGGAUCGCUUGA